AAGAUUCGAGGCACAACUCACAUCUCACAAUCGGCGCGAGUCAUUAUCGAUUUUGUACUGGACGGCAGCGUUGGCAGCCGUUGGUGUUCAGUGAAAAAGAAGCGUAGAUGACUCUACUAGUGGUCCUUAGCUUUCACAGCGCCGUUCCUCGCCUCGUGGCAUCCUAAAAGUCCUCGCGGGUUGGUCAGAGUUACCAUCCGUGGACCCAAGUGAAUGGACCUACAGUGACUGCGACGGUUUGUGUGUUUGUGUGUGUGUGUGUGUGUUGACAUUGGUCAUGUUGACGAUGAAGAAUGCUUCCUUCGUGUUCAGGAUAGCGUUGCCUCGGCGGUCUGUCGCGAAAUUAUGCCGUCACGGUGGUACUCCGACGGCUUUGCGACCGUGUCGCUUCUACUGCGACCAACAACCGCGCAACGGCGAAGGGUACGACGCUCGCCGCUACAAGCUCGCCAAGAGACUGUUCUCGACGGCGCUCUUCGGGGGAACGCUGGCCGCCGCGCUCUACUUCAAGCGCCGACGACAGGCCGAACAAAACGAGCUUUUUCGAGAGUGCGUCAUGUUGCCCCGUGACGAGAACUACGCUCGAAACAUGUACUUCUACAACUACCGUGGCUACGUGUUUCCCGGUAUGGUCAUCAGCUCGUUGCCCAGGGUCCAGGCUCUGAGGGCGAGACCGGACGACAUCUACGUCGUGUCGUUUCCCAAGACUGGCACGACCUGGGUGCAGGAGAUUGUCUACCUCAUUGUGACGGGCCUGGACUUCCGGUCUGCAGCGGCACGCAACAUGGAGCAGCGGUUUCCCUUCCUCGAGUACUUCUACCCCGGCGUCUCGACCAUCGAAAACUCUCCGGACACUCGAAUGAUCAAGACGCACCUCCCGUACUCCCUGCUACCCGAAUCUGUGCACACGGAAAAUCCUAAGAUUAUUUACAUUAUGAGGAAUCCCAAGGACGUGUGUGUGUCGUUGUACCACUUCACAAGGCUCAUCAAAGAGACGGGAUACGAGGGAAGUUUCAAGGAUUUCUUUGAAUCUUUCCUCAAGGGACAUGUGUCGUACGGACCAAUCUGGAAGCACUAUCUCGAAUGGUGGGAACACAGGAAUGACCCCAAUGUUCUCAUUGUCUCUUAUGAAGAUCUCCACAAGGACGCCUGCAACGUGAUCCAGAGGAUAGCCCUCUUUCUGGGCCAGCCACUGCGCGACGACGAGGUGACGGCCAUUGCAGAGCACUGCAACUUCAGCCACAUGGCGCACAACCCAGCAGCCAACUACGAGCACUGGCGCAAACUCGGCUUUGUAAACCUUCAGGAAGGAGGCUUCAUGAGGAAAGGGAUCGUUGGCGACUGGAAGAACUACCUUACGCCAGAGAUGAACUCCCAGAUGGAUGCCUGGAUAGAAGAAAAGUUCGGUGAUACGGGUCUGAGCUUUGUUUAUGAGCUUCCACCUGAUGAGAAAGCUGAUAAAGAUAUUGUGUAGUUCCUUACUUUUUAGGUUUUUUAUGAAUUUGAAUGUUAUGUUAGGUUAUGAUGUAUAAAUUGUGAUUUCAACUGUGUUGCAUGUGCGACAGUGUCGAUCUACGCAACCGUUUUUUCUGUUGUGGCUCUACGCACAGAUGGCUGCAGGGGACUUCAAAGAAUUUAUGUGUUCGAAUAGUGGUGCGUUGAAAACAGUCGAGCUCUAAUGAUGUGCCAAUCUUGAGAUCUCUCAAUGCUGGAAGGGGCAUACUUUUCUUAGAUAUUACAUUUACCUCACUCUGUGUACAUGUUACCGCUGGUAUAGUAAUGGUAAAGAAGCAUGAGGUUAUGUGAGAAGCAGUUAUGUUAUUGGCAUCAUAUGACAUCUGACUUCAUCCAGAGCACGAUACGCUUUUGCACUAUUCAAGUGCUGUAAUAGCUCAUGCAAAAAUGGAAAUGUCUGUAGUUUUAUGAUGCUUUAUUCAUUUUAUUUUAAAGUGAUCUUGAAAGGACAGAUAUAAAUGACUUGCACCCAAACCUCCUUAUACCGAAGGUGCAUCUUGUUUGAAAAUAAGUUUGUUAUAUCACAAAACUUGUUAUAAAAGUGUAUUGCGAGCACUGUAUCUAUAGCAAGACUAAUUAUUAAUGACUUUGUUUUAACCAAUAAUUUCUUAUCUCCCUGUUCAUCAUUUCAAAGUUUAGGUGUGUUUUAUUUAGAACUGGACAAGCUAGGAAUCAUUAAAUGCACAGCAGCUGUCGUCUGUGCUUUAAAUUUUCUGGUAUUCCGUAAACUUGGCAUUUUAUAAACUUCAAGAAGUUAACGUACAUGCCAAAUGUCUUCCCACUGCAGUGCUUGUAACACAUCCCAAGUCACUGUCGCAAGCAGAUAUUUCAAUGUGUUUGUUUGCGUAACUAGUGUGACUAUUCUCAAGCUUCAGCUGUAUAGUACACGGCAUGGGCCUUCAGAACGCUACUGAUCUCUCCAAAACAUUCCUACUUUCUUAUCCUGCUCCUUGGCAAUCAGAUUUCACCGUGCUCAAUGUUGUGGGUAAGGGGAGAGCAAGCUUCUUUGGGACAAGUUAUCUUCCAGGAAAAAUGGUGUGGUAAAAUUUUGCACAAUCCUUUUUUCUUUCAUAUUUUACGCUGCACUUUUUGUACAGGGGUGUCACUGCGUGCAGAAGGGCUUUAAUUUUGCCAUAGGGGUGCGAACAGACAUGUGUAGACACUUGCAAUAGGGGGUUACUAUAGUUUUUCAGCUUACUCCCGUAAUACAUGCAUGCUUGGUUUAUCCAUAACUACUUAUAAAAAGAAAUUCAGUUGCAACACUACUAUGAUUUAUUUCAAACAAGCCGUAGACUUAACUUUACAUAUCUCACAGAAGUUGCACGGCUGCUACAUAAAUUCCUUUUUAUCUAGCGGCCGUGGCAGUUGUAAGGCCAUGUGCAGGUGCUGCAGCCAUUCAGUUUUGCGCUUCUACAUAAUGCACUUGAAGACAGUCUCACAAAAAAAGCAACCAAUUUUUUUUUGUUUUUUUCAGCACUUGCAGUAGUAUUAACACUUGUUAUCUAGAAUGUUAAUGUGGGCUGUUCAUUGUCAUUUUCAUUAUAAUAUGUGCUGCUUGCGCAACAGCAUUUGUGUCUUUCCUCCAGUCUUAUAUGCUACCAAACAUUCUUUUUAGAGCCCUCCAUUUCCUGAGACGUUGUUUUAAUCUCUCAAUGUUUGUUUUAACCGAUUCCUUGGCACACAAAAUUUUUUGUCAAUGUGCCUGUCUUGCCAAUAGUCGCAUUCUAAGAAGUCACCGGAAAGGAUGAUUUGGCAGUGUGGUUAGGUGAGUGAUGUUAUUUAUGGGACAAAUGAAGCAAGGUGUUGCGGUGCUUGGCUGUACAUGUGUCGUGGGUAUGUAGGGUAUUUAUUACUAUGAAUAAAGUUGACACAACACAGUC